GCCACCCUAGCUAAAUUAAAUAUUAUUCUACGAGUGUGUAUAAAUAUAUAGCUGUACAUGGUCCUCCUCCGUUUUAAAAGCAAAAAUAAAACCAUUUCAUUAAUUUGACGAGAAAUUAAAAUGGCGAAAAUUGCUGUUGGAAGUAGCCGUGAGGCUAUUCAGCCUGAUUGCAUCCAAGCCCUCAUUGUUGAAUUUAUUUGCACUUUUCUCUUUGUUUUUGCUGGUGUUGGAUCUGCCAUGGCUGCAAAUAAGCUAAAUGGAGAUCCACUAGUGAGUUUAUUUUUUGUGGCAAUGGCACAUGCAUUGGUGGUGGCUGUGACAAUCUCUGCUGGUUUUCGUAUUUCUGGUGGGCACCUUAACCCUGCUGUCACACUUGGCCUUUGUAUGGGUGGUCAUAUCACUGUCUUUAGAUCAAUCCUUUACUGGAUUGACCAAUUACUUGCUUCUGUUGCUGCUUGUGCUUUGCUCAAUUACCUCACCGAUGGAAUGAUAACACCAGUUCACACCUUAGCAAAUGGAAUGAGCUAUGGGCAGGGGUUAAUUAUGGAGGUGAUUUUGACCUUUUCUUUGUUGUUCACUGUGUAUACAACACUUGUGGACCCCAAGAAAGGAAUUCUUGAAGGAAUGGGCCCACUUCUAACUGGGCUUGUUGUUGGGGCCAAUAUUAUGGCUGGUGGGCCUUUUUCAGGAGCUUCAAUGAACCCAGCAAGGUCAUUUGGGCCAGCUUUUGUAAGUGGAAUCUGGACUGACCAUUGGGUCUACUGGAUUGGGCCUUUCAUUGGUGGUGGGCUUGCUGGUUUUAUUUGUGAAAACUUUUUCAUUGUUAGGUCUCAUGUUCCUCUUCCAAAUGAAGAGACUUUCUAGGGUUUUGUAACAAAAGGCUCUUUAUCUAUUCUUGUAGUUUUGGAAGUCUACCUUAUCUAUGCAUGUAUUUUUUAUGUUAUCCUUUUUGUAACUUUAUAUUUUAAUAAUACUUUCGCUAGACUUGCUACGAUUAUUUCAUUACGAAACUAAAGUACUAAACUACCCCGUUUGGUCAUGUGAUAUUGGUAUCAUGAUAUGAAAUCAGAAGAUGAAAUUGAA